AUGAGCAAGGCGAGCGGGCAUUGGCCGGGGCGGUGCGAGGCGGGCCCCGGUUAUUGUCCGGGCUCUCGCGGCCGCGGCGGCAACGGCGGUCGGUGCUGCGCUAGCGGCGGCGGCGGCUCGGCGGGACCGAGGGCACGAGCGGCCGAGACCAUGGCUGGAGGCAAAGCUGGAAAGGACAGUGGGAAGGCCAAGGCCAAGGCAGUGUCUCGCUCACAGAGAGCUGGGCUACAGUUUCCUGUGGGCCGCAUCCAUAGACAUUUGAAGACUCGUACCACGAGCCAUGGAAGGGUCGGUGCCACUGCUGCAGUGUAUAGUGCUGCAAUUCUGGAGUACCUCACCGCUGAGGUGCUGGAGCUGGCAGGUAAUGCAUCCAAGGAUCUCAAAGUUAAGCGGAUCACUCCACGCCACUUGCAGCUUGCAAUCCGUGGUGAUGAAGAGUUGGAUUCUCUUAUCAAAGCUACCAUAGCUGGGGGUGGAGUGAUCCCUCACAUCCACAAGUCUCUGAUUGGAAAGAAGGGACAGCAGAAAACUGCUUAGAGAGUUGUCGUAACCAACGCUCUUCCUCCCUGUCGUUGUACUGUAACGGGACAGAAGAAAUAAUGGGGUUAUGUGGAAUUUUUAAAACAGUUAAAUGGAAAACCAUAGACAAUUACUGUAGACAUGAUAAAAGAAACAUUUGUACGUUCUUAGAAUUGAAGUUUGAUAAAAGUACCUUUUCAUGUGGCAACAGUUGUGUUGAUUGGCUAGGUUUCUCCCUUGUGUUUUAUACAAAAAUGGAAUUGAUAAACCAUUUUUUAAAAAAACUAACGUCUCAAAACUGUUCUGUUUGUGCUGUGUUGGAAAUAUUUUGCUCAUCCUUUGAAAUUUUUAAUAUUUCAAAUUGGUUAUAUAUUCAGAACAAUCAGAAAUUGGGAAUCUGCUUCUAUCAUUGAUACCAUAUUAUAUUGGAUCUUAGAUGGUACCUAUUUGUAGUAUGUAACAAUUAUUUUACAUACCACUAAAGAAAAACUGCCUAUUAAACCAUGAUAUGCCAUCAAUUAUAAGAUGCAUCCAAAUUUCAGAGAUCUUAGAAUAUAAAAACAUGUUCAAGAAAUGAAAUAUGAGAGUGAAAUUAUUUAAAUUACUUAAUGAGGACUUAUAUAUGGCAGGUUCUGUACUAAGUGCUUUACCUCCAUCUUAAAGGUAUGGAAGCUGAGGCUCACAGAAGUUAAAUGGCUUGCCAGAAAAAUUUAUCUAGUAGAUAGAAAAAGGCAGAAGUAGGAUACAAACCUAGAUUUGGCUGACUGCAGAACCCACACACUUAAACCUAGAAUUGAAGUGAAGGUUAUGUAAGUUGUCUGCUUUUGGCUUAAAAUUCCAGCCUUUAGUGAUCUUUUAUUGGUACAGUAAUAUUCGGUAAUUUGUACAAUAUUUUAAAAAUAUUUUUGUCAGUUUCUAAGUAACUGUUGUAAGAUUUAAGUUAAUGUACCAGUUAAUGGUCCAUCAGGAAAUUAUAUUUUUUCUGCCUGGAAGUCUUCAUUGACAAUGGAAAUUCUUGAAUGUUUUCUAAUACAACAGUAUCAGUACAAAACUCUCAUUUUUUAAAACUUAUUUUAUUAUGGAAAUUUUCAAAAAUAAAGAGAAUAGUAUGAUGAA